AUGUUCUUCUCUUUUCUCCUCGUUUCUGCUCCGAUCUUCCUCGCCGUCGCCGACGCUCUCCUCCCUUCUGCUCUCCUCCACCGUCUCUCUUCUCCGGCGAAUCUCUCUUCUCAUCUCACCAAUUACGAUUUCCGUCACUCACUCAUCGAUAUUCCCUUAAUCUCCAUCGUUAGAUCCGCCGUUAUACUCUGUGUUUAUGGGCUUUGUGACGGACCAAAAUUAUCGAGAGGACCGUAUUUGACAAUAACGAUGAUUUGCUCUGUUUCUUCACUGAUUUACGUAUCGUUAAAAGCUGCGUUUGUGUUCGGCGAGCCGGCGAUCGGAGACGGUGGAGGUAAUUAUUUCCGAGUAGCUGAAGUUGCUCUGUUUCUAUGUUCGUCGGUUUUAGCAAUCGGUCACAUCGUUGUAGCUUAUAGAACAAGUUGUAGAGAAAGAAGAAAACUCCUCGUCUUCAAAAUCGACAUUGAAUCUGAUGAAGUUAGGUUUUUAACUUUUUUUACCUGCACUAUAGAUAUCAUAAUCAGACUGAGUCAGAAAUAG